AUGGACGUCACGCGCUCCGUCGCCUCGCCGAGCGACGACAUCAAGAAGGCCGCGGUCUUCGAGAAGGACGCGCUCCUCAGCGCGCAGACGAUGAUCUACGACGACGGCGAGAUGAAGAAGACGCUGCCGGGCGACGUCUACGAGCGCUUCAAGGCGGCCCUCGUCGACGGCGGCGCCACCAGUGAUGAGGACCAGGAGGCUAUUUCCAAAGCAUUGUACGCGUGGGCGCGCGAGCGCGGCGCGACGGACUACGCGCACUGGUUCUUCCCCAUGCGCGGCGGCUCGGGCGCCACGGGCGGCAUGCGCGUGCCCCGCGUCCAAACGUCGAGAUCGCGUCGAUGGCGUAGGGGUGGCGCCAGACGCCAUCGACGCGACACCACAAACGCACAGGCUCGGCGCGUUGAAAUGUGACGCCUUCAUCGACCUCGACUGGUCGUCGGACGCGGCGAACAAGCCCUUCAAGACGCUGUUUCCGUCGGGCCGCCUCCUGUGUAGAAAUCAACCGGUGCGUCGGGUGCGUGACGACGCGGCGAUUCAGCACGGACGCGCCGUAACAUUUUGAUUUCCACACAGGCCGCCUCUACACGGGCGAGACGGACGGGUCGUCCUUCCCGAACGGCGGGCUGCGCGCGACGCACACGGCCGCGGCCUUCACGUCGUGGGACCGCAGUUCGCCCUGCUUCGUCUACGACAAGGUCCUGCGCAUCCCGUGCGCGUUCGUGACGCACUACGGUCGAGCCAUCGACGACAAGACGCCUUUACUCAGAUCGCAGGACGCCGUCGCGCGCGAGGGCCUCCGGCUCCUCAAGGCCUGCGGCGUCGAAAAGGAGGCCUCGACGAUGUACGCUUACUUGGGCUGGGAGCAGGAGUUCUUCGUCGUGAGCGCGGACCUCUACAAGAAGCGGCCGGAUUUGGUGAACGCGGGCCGCACGCUCUUCGGCCGGCUGCUGUGUGGAAAUCAACGAGUGAGUGAGGUUACUCCGCGCCAUGGAGCAGACGCAGUUAUGCGGACAACAUCGCGCCGAUGGCGUGGAACCUCCACGUCAUCGAGCAGACCCACUCACGGAGAUAUCUUGGCGUCGAUGGCGUGGGGCGCCUGAAUUUUGAUUUACACACAGGCCGGCUCCCGCCGCGCCACCAGUCCGGCGACUUGAAUUAUUUCGGGGCGACGCCGGGGCCGGUCGAGGAUUUACUCAUAGCCGUCCAGACGGAGAUGAUGCGCAUGGGCUCGCCCAUGGUUUGUGCGCUGUGUGGAAAUCAACCAGUGAAAUCGAGCAGAAAGUUUGAUUCCCGCGCAGGUCGUCCGCCACAACGAGGUGGCUCCCGGCCAGCACGAGAUGUCGCCGAUCUUCUGCGUGGCCAACGCGUCCUGCGACAGCAACGUGCUGUUCAUGGAGGUCUGCGCCAAGGAGUCUCAAAAAAGGGGGCUCGCCGUGCUCUUCCACGAGAAGCCGUUCGCGGGCAUUAACGGCAACGGCAAGCACGCGAACUGGUCCGUGGGCACGGAUACCGGUUUAAAUUUCUUCUACCCGAAGACGUAUGGCGAUGAACGCGACACGAUCUACACGACGGCGCUCGCUUGUUUGAGUCACGGGCUGCUCGAGUACAACGAGCUCGUAAGGUGCUCCGUCGCGCACGCGGGCAACGACCAUAGAUUAGGAGCCCAGGAGGCGCCGCCGGCGAUCAUUUCGCUCUACCCGGGCACGGGCUUCGAGGCCCACGUCGACAAAUUGAUCGGUGGCGAGGGCGAGCUCGCAGAUUACAAGCCCGAAAAAGGCAAGGCCGACCCGCGGUGCCGCGCCGCGGCGGCCGUCGAGGCCAAUGUAGAAGAUCGCAACCGGACGGCGCCCUUCCCGUUCUGCGGCAACCGUUUUGAAUUUCGCGCGUGUGGGAGUUCCCAGAACUGCGCCCUGCCCAUGACGGUCUGCAACACGCUCAUGGCCGCCGGCAUGGCCAAGGUCGCGUCAUUGAUUGAGGGCGGCGCGUCCCAAAAAGACGCCGUCGUCGAAACGCUCAAGGCGGCGCGCCAGGUCAUCUUCACGGGCAACGGCUACGGCGAGGAGUGGCCCAUCGAAGCUAAGGAGAGGGGCCUGCCCAACCUGAAGACCACGCCGGAGGCGACGGCGGCGUUCGCCUCCGAGAAGAACGUGGCCGUCUUCGAGGCCAUGGGCGUCUACGCCCCCGACGAGACGCACGCGCGGGCGGAGGUCUUAUAUGAGAACUACACGAACACUCUGAGCGUGGAGAUCGAGACCAUGGUCGCCAUGGCCAAGACCGGGUUUCUCCCGGCCUGCGCCAAGGACCUGGCGCUCUACGCGGCGGCGCCGUCCUUGGCAGGGGACAAGGCCGAGCUUUAUGGGAAGAUCAAGACGGCCUGCGCCGAUUUAGAAGAGACGUUCGCCGCGAAGCCCGCCGACCUCGCGGCCGAGGCCACGUACCUCUGCGACGUCUGCAAGCCCAAGAUGGACGCGCUGCGCGCGGCCGUCGAUGCGGCCGAGGCCGAGAUGGACGCCGCGCUCUACCCGUACCCGACCUACGAGGCUUUGGUGUAUGGCCACCACUUCUAGUACAUGUUCCCCCCCGCCUGUGUGCAUAGCCCCCCUGUAUCAUAACUACAUGUC